GAAAAGAAACUCACAUACUUGAGAACUGAAUACAUUGUUGUUUUAACAUUUUAUGAAUGACUAGUAAUCAUGUUUCAAUUGUUCAUGCACCGAGAAUUUACGAAGAAAUCAACGGACGAGAUAAAAGUGCAUUCACACAUUUUUUAUGAUGGGAUGUCGCUCUUGGUCAGUCGUCUGGUCGUCUUGGCUCGUCUGGUGUUGUUUGUUGACUCCUAACCUCCGAAAAUAGGCAAUUGUCGCUGGUUUUGUAGAGCGCUGGCCGAACGCAUGUUGGAAUUAUUGUUUCAACAGUUAGCGACGAUUAAAAAAAUAAUUAGGACAAUUUUUAGGAAAAGAUGAGGAUUGCUGUGGAAGGUUGUGCCCAUGGAGAGCUGGAGAUUAUUUAUAAUGCUUUGGAGGAAGUUGAAAAGAAUGAUGGCAAAAAGAUUGAUUUGUUAAUUUGUUGUGGUGAUUUCCAAUCAACAAGAAAUCUUGAUGAUCUCAAUUCGAUGGCGGUUCCUGAUAAGUUCAAAGAUAUGUGUACAUUUUACAAAUACUACUCGGGGGAGAAAACCGCGCCUGUCCUCACGCUCUUCAUCGGCGGUAACCACGAGGCCUCGAGCUACCUCCAGGAGCUCUCGUACGGUGGCUGGGUGGCCCCAAAAAUCUACUAUCUGGGUUACGCAAGCGUGCUGACCAUCGGUGGCCUCAGGAUAGCUGGUGUAUCCGGUAUCUACAAAGCCCAGCACUACCUCAGGGGUCACUUCGAGCUGCCCCCCUAUAACGACUCUACCCUCCGCAGUGUCUACCACAUCAGAAACCUGGAGAUCUUCAGGCUAAAACAGCUGACCGGAAACAUUGAUAUUUUUCUCUCCCACGACUGGCCCAACGGUGUCACCAAAUUCGGGGACGAACAGACUCUGCUGAGACGAAAAAAACACUUCAAGGACGACAUUGCGGCUGAUCAACUCGGGAGUCCUCCCUGCAUGGAGCUAUUAACCCACCACUACCCAAAAUAUUGGUUCUCAGCGCAUCUCCACUGCAAAUUCGCAGCAAUUAUCCAGAAUGAAGACAACACCAGAUCCACUAAAUUUCUAGCACUCGACAAAUGUCUGACGAAAAGACCGUUCUUGCAGGUUUUGGACAUCUCUCAUGACGAGGAUGCCUCCAUGGAGCUAUCGUAUGACCUCGAGUGGCUGACAAUCCUCUUUCUGACGAAUCAUUUGUUAUCUGUGAAGAAUGGAGUGCACUACAUGCCGGGACCGGGCUGUUCUGGCCGAUGGAACUUCACACCUUCAGAGAGUGAAAAGGAGAAUGUUUUGAAGAAGUUCGAGGGGUGCCUGAGGGUUCCGGAGAACUUUGAGAGGACGGCGGAGGCGUAUAAUCCAGAGUCACCUCAGAAAAGUGAUAAACCGUUGAAGUAUAGGGUGAAUAGGCAGACGACAGACUUCUGUGAUAAAUUGGGAGUGGAUGACCCCCCGAGUUUGUUGUUGAUUAUGAGUGGUGGGGAGGGGAGGACUGAGGAGGGUGAGGGACUGUCACAGUCUUUCAAGUCUGUGGGGGACGAACAAGAUAUUUCUGCAGAUUUCGACGAUGAUCUGACGUUCCAGGACUCAAUUAGUUAUGAAUCUGCUCUGAGAGAUGAGGAUGAGGGUGCGGUGGGGAGUGAGGAAGGGAGGGGCGAGGGGGAGGAAGUGGAACCCGUGGUGGAACCCAAUAUGAAGAAACUCAAGAGACGGAAUCAAGCUAUUUAUGCGGAUACCUCUGAGAUUAUAGACUAGUGAUUUUUUUUAACAAAUUCACGGAUAGACAAAUUGAGGAGAAAUUAUCCAAAAAAUCUCGAAAAAUUUCACUUUCCGAAAGGUAAUUGUGGGGUGAGAUGUAAUCCAAUGAACAGUGCUUUAAGGAUAUCCAAGUAUUUUGCUUAAUUUUUUUUCAAGCAAGGUUUCAGUUUUGCUGAAAAUCUUGCCAUCCUCAUGCUUUUUUCGAUUUUUUAUUGUUAAAUACAUUUUUUCGGGAAUUUCUUCAAUGAAUAUUGUGAACAAUUUAAGGCUAUGAACUAUUGGAUUGAAGGUGGAAGUAUACUCUUAUGGACGCCAUGCGUUAAAUUUCAUUUUUCAAAAAUGCUUUUUUAUCAUUCCGGCCAUAAGGCAGCGUUUUAUGCACGCUACACGUCCGUGAAUCUCUGCUUACAACCGUUAUGACAAAAAAUAUUGUUCGUCAUACGGUUUGCAAACUCAUAUUCGCCGGAAAAGUUUUAUUUCGGCCUAAUGACGAAAUAUACUAUUUUGUCACUCAGUUCGUGAAACCUAGUUUCAUGCAUGCUGCGCGUGCUAAAAACCGCUCACAAACAUUGUUACAAAGAAUCGUCACUGUGUCGAAAAAUAGUAUUUCUCGAUAAAAUGUUGGGAAACAAAGGUUGAUAUUGCGCCUCAUAGUAUAUUUCGUCACUAGGCCGAAAAAAUCUUUUAUGGCGAAUAUGAGUUUGUAGCCCGAGCCGAAGGCGA